AUGGCGGACGUCGAGAUGACCGGUUCCAAGACCGAAAGACUUCCUAUCACCGUCGACAAGCCAACUCCCUACACUUUCGACUUGGGACACCUUCUCGCCAAUGACCCCAACCCCAUUGAGCUCCCCCAGGGCGAGAACCUCAACACCUCCUUGAAGAAUGUCGCCCGCGACGGCGCCCAGUGUCUCCUCAACCAGCUCCUGACAACAUGCAACAUCACCUCCUCAGCCGAGCACGGUGUGCUCCUCUCUCUGCCCGCACCUCAGACACUACUCCCGCGCCACAAGCCCCUGCCUACUCCCAAGCCCCCGACCAAGUGGGAGCUGUUCGCCCGCAAGAAGGGUGUCGGCAAGUACAGCCAGCGUCCUGGAGUCGCACUCGCCGAUAAGGAGCGCCGUAAGAAGCUUCAGUACGAUGAGGCGACUGGCGAGUGGGUGCCAAGAUGGGGAUACAAGGGAAAGAACAAGUCCGGUGAGGACCAAUGGCUUGUUGAGGUUGAUGAGUCUAAGUGGAAGAAGGAGGAGGGUGCUGCUGAGAAGGGUGGUAAUAUCCGUGGAAUGAACCGCACUGAGCGCAAGGAGCGGAUGAAGAGAAAUGAUCGUAAGCAGCGGGCUAACGAUCGCCGGGCUAAGAAAUGA